UUUUUCAUUACGCUUUCCUCUUCUACGUCCCCUGCAUUAGUUGUUCUUAAAAGCAUCUGGUUCCUAGGAACUUCAAAGAAAUCAUAAUCAAAGCUCUCUGCAAAUGGAAAUAAUUGAAGAGUAUUCGAAGGAAGACCAGUGCACAGUGAUUAUCUGACACGUAUUUUUUUUUAUCUCCGACCAUUUGUAUUCCAUCAUUAUUAUAAGGAGGAGAAUUUGGAGCAGCGAGAAAUCCGAAGGUUUUAAAGUUUCGAGGAUGGCUGUGCAGUAUGAAUGCUGCACGUCGAUGUUCUGGAUUUAUGUGCUGAUAUGUUUUUUGCUGGUGCUUUUUGCUGGAAUGAUGUCCGGGCUGACGCUCGGCCUUAUGUCGCUCAGUUUGGUGGAUUUGGAGGUGCUGCUCAAGUCUGGACAGCCGCAGGAUCGCAAGCAAGCAGCUAAAAUUAUGCCUGUGGUGAAAAAACAACAUUUAUUGUUGUGUACGCUUCUGAUAUGCAACGCUCUUUCUAUGGAGGCACUCCCUAUUUUCUUGGAUGGCCUACUGCCAGCGUGGGGUGCUGUUUUAAUAUCCGUGACUCUUAUUCUCUUAUUUGGAGAGAUUAUACCUCAAUCCAUUUGUUCUCGAUACGGUUUGGCAGUUGGUGCUACAAUGGCACCUGUGGUUCGUGUACUUGUUUGGAUCUGCUUUCCAGUUGCAUGGCCAAUUAGUAAGCUCUUGGAUUUCUUGUUGGGCAAAGGACAUGCUGCUCUCUUUCACAGGGCUGAGUUGAAAACAUUGGUGGAUUUUCAUGGAAAUGAGGCAGGAAAAGGUGGAGAACUGACACAUGAUGAAACAACAAUUAUUGCUGGGGCAUUGGAAUUAACAGAAAAAACUGCAGAAGAUGCAAUGACACCAAUUUCAGAAAUAUUUGCUAUUGAUGUCAAUGCAAAACUCGAUAAGGAACUGAUGAUAUUAAUACUACAAAAAGGACAUAGCAGAGUGCCUCUAUAUUAUGAACAACCUACAAAUAUAAUUGGUUUGGUGUUGGUAAAGAAUUUGUUGUCAAUACACCCAGGAGAGGAAGUACCUGUGAAGAAUGUAACCAUCCGAAAGAUUCCUCGUUUUGAGGUUGCAGUGGAUGCGUUUACUCCUCUCGGUGCUUCAGGGUUUUAUAUGAUGUAG